AUGGAGUUUCAAAAUCCUCCAUUACUCAAUAAACAUCUUCUUCUUGUAAUAGUACAUUCUUCAUUACUCUACCAUGUUACAAUCGCGCAACCUCAACUCGAAAAAAAUGCCCUUUUGGCACUUAAGGCUAAUUUCAAUGACCCAUUUUUGAAUCUUAACUGGAAUGGUCCUCUAUGUCCUCUAGAGUAUCCUACAAGAUGGUAUGGAAUUAGAUGCAUCAAUGGUCGAGUUAGGGGAAUUCUAUUGGAAAAUAUGGGCCUAAAAGGUUUUAUUCCAGAAUUUAAUCAGCCUGCUUUGGAAUUAUUCAAUGUCUCUUACAACAAUCUUUAUGGUUCUAUUCCAAAAAUGAUGCAGAAGUUUGGGUAUGAUUCUUAUUCUAACAACCCUCAAUUAUGCGGUCCACCUACUGAUAAUAUCUGCAGUUUAAAUGAUACAGAAAACUCCAAUACUACAGACCAGCAGCCUAAUGGAAGUUCUUCUUCCAAGCCUAAUAAGAUAGGAACUAUAUUCUUGCUUUUUGAUGUUGUUGGUUUAGUUGCGGUUAUUUUGCUUUUCAUUCUUUACUUCAGGAAAAGAAAAAAACUUAAGAAGAUGUUGGAAAAAAUGGAUGUAGAAGGAAUUAAGGAGGAGGAGGAGGAGGAGGAGGGUUAUGAUGGUGGUCAAAAUGAGUUGGAGAUUGAAAAGAAUAGAGAGGUUCAGGGAAAGGAAGUUGUAGUAGGAGAAGAGAAAAGGAAGUUGAUAUUGUUUGAAGAAGAAGUAAGUUUUGAACUAAAUGAUUUGUUAAAAGCUUCUGCUGAAGGGUUAGGGAAAGGUGUGUUUGGAAAUAGUUAUAAGGCUAUGAUGGAAGGUAGGCCAGCUGUGGUCGUAAAGCGUUUAAGGGAUUUGAAACCAUUAAGUAGUGAGGAAUUUGUGAAGCAUUUGAAUGUAAUUGCUGAACUGAAGCAUCCCAAUUUGCUUCCCCUUCUUGCUUACUAUUGUUCUAAGGAAGAGAAGUUAUUGCUGCAUAAAUUUGCUGGUAAAGGAAACCUCUUUAAUCGCAUUCAUGGAGGAAGAAGCAAUAAAGACAGGAUCCCAUUUCGUUGGAGUGCAAGACUCUCAGUUGCUAGAGGAGUAGCAAGAGCCUUACAGUACCUUCACCUAAACAACAGGUUUCCAACUAACAAUAUUGUUCCUCAUGGAAACCUGAAAUCAUCGAACGUUCUUCUCGACGAGAAUGAUAUGGUUCUUGUUUCCGACUACGGAUUCACAUCACUAAUAGCACUUCCCAUUGCUUCUACUCGUAUGGUUUCUUACAAAUCGCCUGAAUAUCAAACUUCGAAACGGGUUUCAAGAAAAUCCGAUGUUUGGAGUUAUGGCUGUCUUCUAUUAGAAAUCCUGACAGGAAGAGUACCAGCUCAUUCUGCUCCAUCAGGAACUAAUGGAGUUGAUCUUUCUAGUUGGGUUCAUAGAGCAGUUAGGGAAGAAUGGACAGCUGAGAUUUUUGAUAUUGAAAUAUCUGUGCAAAGAAGUUCUACUCCUGGAAUGCUAAAACUAUUGCAAAUCGCUAUUCGAUGCUGUGAUAAGUCGCCUGAGAAGCGUCCUGAAAUGACAGAAGUUGUUAGAGAGGUGGAAAAUAUUAAAGUUGUUGAAUCUGAAGAGGAAGACGACUUGUCGCUGGAUCAAUCUUUAACAGAUGAAUCUUUGUCAACCACUAAUUCAGGAAUAAUGGGUGAUGAAAGAUGAUACAGAUUGUAUUGGCUUUACCUUUUACCAUUUAAAAACAUAAAUUGUUCUGGUUUUUUUCAUUGUGUAAACUAGAUGCAUUAAUUUCUAUCCAUG